GGCUGCUGUCCUCUCAGUGCAGCGGGAACUACCGCAAACAAGGGCUAUAUUAAUACAACCAUAUUAAUUACAGGCAAUGGGGCUCUUUGACGAGGGGCUCUCUCGGAACCUGUGCAUUUUGUCAUUGCUCAUUUGGACUUCUACAAGUGCAUUUAACCUGGACACGCAAAACGUCCUUAGGAAGAACGGUCAACCGGGCAGCCUCUUUGGAUUCUCUCUCGCCUUGCACCGGCAGCUCCAGCCGUAUGAUAAAAGAAUAUUGUUGAUUGGUGCUCCCAGAGCCAGGGCUUUAUCCAAUCAGGGAGCAAACAUCACAGGUGGGCUGUACAGCUGUGACAUCACCACUCAUCCCGAUGACUGCACUCGAGUGGACUUUGACAAUGAUGUUGAUGCUCGUGUGGAGAAUAAGGAGAACCAGUGGAUGGGUGUAACUGUUCAGAGUCAAGGACCUGGAGGCAAGAUUGUGACAUGUGCCCAUCGCUACCAGCGUCUGUUGUUCCCCAAUACACCCCAAGAGGCGCGUGACAUCACGGGACGCUGCUACAUGCUCAGUCAGGACCUCAGCAUUGACAGCCAAUCAGACGAGGAUGGGGGGAACUGGAAAUUCUGCGAUGGUCGCACCAGGGGUCAUGAAAGAUUCGGGGCCUGUCAGCAGGGCUUGGCCGCCACCUUCACUAAAGACUACCAUUAUGUCAUCUUUGGAGCACCAGGCGCGUACAACUGGAAAGGUAUAGUGCGUGUUGAACAGAAGAACAACACUCUGCUGGAAAUGGGCUUGUUUGAUGAUGGUCCUUAUGAGGUCGGGGAUGAGAACCGGCUGGAUCCAAAUCUAGUGCCAGUACCAGCCAACAGUUACUUAGGAUUCUCUCUAGAUUCCGGCCACAGUAUCACGAAGAAAGGCAAACUCAUCAUAGUGUCAGGAGCGCCGAGAGCCAAUCACAGCGGUGCAGUGGUGUUUCUGCGAAAGGAAGGCGAAGUGUCCACCACGCUCACACCUGAACACGUUCUGGAAGGACCAGGACUUGCAUCCUCCUUUGGAUAUGAUGUUGCUGUGGUGGACCUGAAUGGAGAUGGCUGGCAGGACGUUGUGGUUGGUGCACCGCAGUUCUUUCAGAGAGAUGAGGAAGUGGGUGGAGCCGUGUACGUUUACAUCAAUAAGGCUGGAAGGUGGAAGGACGUCGCUCCUACUCGCCUGAAUGGAACGAAAGACUCCAUGUUCGGACUGGCUGUGGAGAACAUUGGAGACAUUAAUCUGGAUUCUUUUGAAGAUAUUGCAGUAGGUGCUCCUUACGCAGACUCAGGGUCUGGUAGCGUGUACAUCUACCACGGAUCUGCUGACGGCAUCAAUACCACACCAGCUCAGAUACUCGAGGGUAAACAGCACAACAUUAAGAUGUUUGGCUAUUCUCUGGCUGGAAACAUGGACCUGGAUCAGAACUCGUACCCUGAUCUCGCCGUGGGCUCGCUCUCUGACACAGUUUUCAUAUACAGGUCCAAAACAGUUAUUAGCAUCAAGAAAGACAUCAAGGUGACACCGAAGGAAAUUGACUUGAUGAAGAAAACAUGUGGCAACAGCGUUUGCUUGACCGUGGAAGCGUGUUUCUCAUAUAAAGCAAAGCCCUCCACCUACAACCCCAAACUCACCAUUUCCUGUACACUUGAGGCAGAGUGGUACCGCAGGAAGCUGGGUCUUCCAUCUAGGGUUGUGUUUCUGGAGAAGAGUGCGAUGGAUCAGGACUUCCAGUCGACCGGCUCUCUGGAGCUACGAGGACAGAACAAGAAAGCCUGUUACAAGACCAAACUCAGACUACAAGAAGGCAUCAGGGAUAAGCUCAGAGCGAUUCCUAUCGAGGUGUCUGUGGCCAUUCAGAGCGCUAAGAGAGGCAAACGGCAGAGCUCUCUACCACAACUAACACCAAUACUAGACUCCACUGUGCCCAACAAGACCAUCACCGAGGUGAACUUCCUGAAGGAGGGUUGUGGCACAGACAACAUCUGUCAGAGUAACCUACACCUGCAGUACAGGUUCUGCUACAGGGAGUCCAAACAAGAUGUGUUUCCUCCUUUACCACUGGAGAAAGGGGUGCCGGUGAUUUCUCUGAGUGAUCAGAAGGACAUUGCUCUGGAGGUCACAGUCAGGAACAGGAAUGGAGAUGAUGCUCAUGAAGCCAAAUUGGUUGGGCAGUUUGAUGAAUCCCUCUCGUACUCUGGAUUCAGAUCUCUGAGAACUACUGAUAAACAUGUGAUCUGUGCUGCCAAUCAGAAUGGCUCCCUGGCAGACUGCGAGCUUGGAAAUCCUUUUAAAAGAGAUUCAGAGGUAACAUUCUAUAUCAUAUUGAGCACUGGCAAGAUAUCGCUUGACACCAAAGAGGUCGAGAUCGACCUUCAGCUGGAAACGACGAGUUCACAGGAAGGUCUGGGCAAAGUGAAGGCCAAAGCCAAAGUGGUGAUUGAACUACUUCUUUCUGUACAAGGGGUUGCUAAGCCAUCUCAGGUCUAUUUUGGAGGUGAAGUCAGAGGCAUGAGCGCCAUGAAGACAGAGGAGGAAGUCGGCAGCUUGGUCGAAUAUGAAUUCAGAGUGAUUAAUUUGGGAAAGCCUCUGAAGUCUUUUGGAACUGCAUCCCUGAACAUCCAGUGGCCUAAAGAAAGCUCUGUGGGGAAAUGGCUGCUGUAUCUGAUGAGGAUCAACACCAGGGACCUGCAGUUAGUCACCUGUUCACCUGAGAGAGAGAUAAACCCUCUCAGACUGAGUGAGGAGUCAAGAUCAACCAGGAGAAAGCGUGAGCUAGAGGAGCGGAAACCAGCUGAGGGGGUUAAAACAGCCCUCUUCCCUGACAAACGCAAGCACAAGAUUCUGUCAUGCAGUGGUGAUGCCAGAUGUGUGGAGAUCAAAUGCCCCCUACAGGGCUUGGACAGCACUGCGGUCAUCAUUUUAAAAUCCCGUCUGUGGAAUUCCACUUUCCUUGAAGAUUAUGUGUCCUACAAUUACCUCGACAUAAUAGUGAAAGCCUCCAUAAGUCUGGAUGUUUCUGCCAAGAACAUUGUCCUUAAAAAUCCUGAGACCCAGGUGAGGCUGACCGUGUUCCCGGAGACGACCGUGACUCCGUUCGGAGGCGUUCCCUGGUGGAUCAUUCUUGUGGCUGUUUUAGCUGGAAUACUAAUGCUGGCUCUUCUAGUUCUGUUACUCUGGAAGUGCGGUUUCUUCAAGCGGGCCCAGAAGGACGAGUAUGAUGCCGCUUUUCACAAAGCUGAGAUUCACGCUCAGCCCUCAGACAAACAGUCCACUGAGGCCUAGCUCUCCUUACCAGGUGUGGAUUUUUCAAACGCUCCAAAUAUGAGGACAGCGUUCCGAAAUAUCACGCGGUGAGGAUUCGUAAGGAGACACGUCUC